UGACCUUGCCACCAGAUGCCACAACACAAGCCAGGAUGUGACUCUGCUGGAACAAGAAAGACUGAGGUCUGCCCUGCAUACAGGCAAGGGCCCCAUAGCCUCAAACCACAGGUGUCCAGGAUGCUGGCGCUGUGCCUGCUGUCCCUGGCCUGGCUCAGCGAGGGCUCCCAGCGCAGCGAGCCCAUGUUUGCAUCCGUCACCCACCGCCUUCUCCCACCUGACUACGACAGCAAUCCCACCCAGCUCAACUACGGCGUGGCUGUCACCGACCUGGAUGCCGAUGGUGACUUCGAGAUUGUGGUGGCAGGGUACAACGGUCCCAACCUGGUGCUCAAGUACGACAAGGUGCAGGGGCGGCUGGUGAACGUGGCAGAGGAUGAGCGGGGCUCCCCGUACUAUGCCCUGCGGGACCGGCAGGGCAACGCCAUCGGCGUGACAGCCUGUGACAUCGAUGGCGAUGGCCGGGAGGAGAUCUACUUCCUCAACACUAACAAUGCCUUUUCUGGCAUGGCCACCUACACAGACAAGCUCUUCAAGCUCCGCAACGGGCGCUGGGAGGACAUCCUGAGUGACGAGGUGAACCGGGACGUGGCCAGCCGCUUUGCCGGGCGCUCCGUUGCCUGCGUGGACCGGAUGGGCUCCGGCAGGUACUCCAUCUACAUCGCCAACUAUGCCAGCGGCAACGUGGGCCCCCAUGCCCUGAUUGAGAUGGAUGUGGCUGCCAGUGACCCUGCCCGCGGUGUCGUGGUGCUGGUGGAUGUGGCCGCCCAGGCUGGCGUCAGCAAGUACACAGGCGGCCGUGGGGUGGCCGUGGGCCCCAUCCUGAGUGACAGUGCCUCUGACAUAUUCUGCGGUAAUGAGAACAGCCCAAAUUUCCUCUUCCACAACCGGGGGGACGGGACGUACAGGGACGUGGCGGCUGCGGUGGGGCUGGAUGACCCCUACCAGCACGGACGCGGUGUGGCGCUGGCUGACUUCAACCGCGACGGCCGAGUGGACAUCGUGUAUGGCAACUGGAACGGGCCGCACCGCCUCUACCUGCAGAGCGGAGCUCCCGGGCGCGUCCGAUUCCGGGACAUCGCCACCCCCAAGUUUUCCAUGCCGUCCCCGGUCCGCACCGUCAUCGCAGCCGACUUCGACAAUGACCAGGAGCUGGAGGUUUUCUUCAACAACAUCGCUUACCGCGGCUCCUCCGCCAACCGCCUCUUCCGGCUCAUCCGCAGAGAACACUCAGAUCCCAUUGUGGAAGAGCUGAAUCCAGGGGAUGCUCUGGAGCCAGAGGGACGGGGCACGGGAGGUGCAGUGACAGAUUUUGAUGGUGAUGGGAUGCUGGACCUCAUCCUAUCCCAUGGUGAGUCCAUGGCACAGCCAAUCUCCAUCUUCAAGGGCACCCAGGGCAUCAAUAACAACUGGCUGCGUGUCAUCCCCCGCACGCGCUUCGGGGCCUUUGCGCGGGGGGCCAAGGUGGUGCUGUUCACGCGGCGCAGCGGGGCCCACCUGCGCAUCAUCGACGGCGGCUCCGGGUACCUCUGCGAGAUGGAGCCUGUGGCACACUUCGGAUUGGGGCAUGACGAAGCCAGCAGCCUGGAGGUGACUUGGCCAGAUGGCCGCGUGGUGUCACGAGCUGUGGCGAGCAGUGAGACCAACUCUGUCCUGGAGAUCCCCUACCCUCUGGAUGUGGAGGAGCCACUCAUGCCUGCCCCGCUGGAGUGCGGGCAGGGAUUCUCCCAGCACGAGAAUGGACGCUGUGUAGACACGAAUGAGUGCACUGAGUUCCCCUUCAUCUGUCCCCGGGACAAGCCUCUCUGCAUCAACACCUAUGGCGGGUACCGCUGUCGCAGCAACAAGCGCUGCAGCCGGGGCUUUGAGCCAAACGAGGAUGGCACAGCUUGCGUGGCUCAAGUGGCCUUUUUUGGGGGCUAUCCCUCUGCUGGGAGCUGGCCAGGGCUCCCCCACAGUGCCCUCCUCCCUCAAGUCCUCGGACUCUGCCUUUGUCUCUAUGCACUUUAAGCCCUGCCCAUAACAUGCCAGAGCAGCCUUGGUGGAAGGAUGGGCUGGCCUCUGCCUGUCUCUCUUUUUCUGUCCACAUCGAACCACCCUGGAAGUGCUGGCUGGGACAUACAGGGGUGACCUGCAGUGGGAUGGGCACAGACCUGGCUGUCCUGUGUGCCAUCUCUGGAAAAGCAGCCCUGGGGCAGCCUGGCAGUGCCUCUUCCCCCCCCCACCCCCCUGCCCUAGUGCUAUUCCUGCCAUGCUGGUACCUCCCGGUGGUCGCUUGCUCCGUCGCCUCGAUACCGUACCAUGUGCCUGCUGGUUUGGCCUGCGACGUGUGUGCUUUGCCUGCCCCCUCCUCGGUGAUGGGAACCACCUCCCCAGCCUUGGCAGAGGAGGCUCUUCCCAGCCCUGCAGGGGCAGGACUCUCCUGGUCUGUUUUUUAACGUAUUGACCCUACUGUUUGGACUCCGACCCUGCUUAGUCCCAACAGUCUUCCAGCCCCUCUCCCAGAGUACCCCCAAUAAACUAUAUCCCAUCUAUUAACCUGGUCUGCUGAGCUCUGCGGGGCUGGGCUGUGCUUGUGCUUCUGCCUACCCUGCCCUGGGGCUGCAUGGGGAGGGAGCCCAGGAGGGGGAGCACCCCGAGCAUCCCCCAGCUCUUCCCACCCAAGGGUUGGGAGCUGGCUGGAGGGUGAUGGUGCCCCUGACCCAGUUCUGCACUGGGACUGCAGCAAAAUGUGCAGCUCUGAAGGGGCUGGGGUGCAGCAAGCAGCCCUGCCUGCACCUCAACAACAGGGCUGGGCUGCUUUUCCCCACUAUGUGCUAUAACUCCACACUGC